AUGGCUUCUCCAGAACACCAUGCUGUUGCUGCUGCUGAAGAGUUUGAGUAUGAGGCACUUCCAGAUAACUACACCCUUGGCCACAAUAUGCUGGCAGGCGCCUUUGCCGGCAUUGCAGAGCAUUCGGUCAUGUACCCUGUAGACUUAUUGAAGACAAGAAUGCAAGUCCUAAAUCCUGGUGCUGGUGGCCUUUACACCGGCCUCACCCACGCUGUAUCAACCAUCUCUCGUAUCGAAGGCUGGAGGGCGCUAUGGAAGGGAGUUUCUAGUGUUAUUGUGGGAGCUGGACCCGCCCAUGCCGUAUAUUUUGGUACAUAUGAAGUUGUGAAGGAGCUUGCUGGUGGAAAUGUCGGCUCAGGCCAUCAUCCUCUUGCUGCAGCUCUGAGUGGUGCUGCCGCCACUAUUACUAGCGAUGCGCUUAUGAACCCAUUUGAUGUUAUUAAGCAACGCAUGCAAGUUCACGGAUCAACUCACAGAACUCUUGUACAGUGCGCCAGAACAGUUUAUAAAACCGAGGGCAUCCGUGCCUUCUACGUCUCCUACCCGACCACCCUGUGCAUGACCAUUCCAUUCACCGCAGCUCAAUUUAUGGCAUACGAAUCGACAUCCAAAAUCAUGAACCCGACGAAACGAUACGAUCCUUUCACACAUUGUAUUGCUGGUGGUCUGGCGGGUGCGGUCGCCGCCGCGGUUACAACACCUCUAGAUGUCAUCAAGACUGUCCUACAGACAAGAGGCACAGCCCAGGACCCCGAGGCAAGAACUGCUAAGGGGCUCUUUAAUGCCGCCAGACUGAUCAAGAACCAGUAUGGCUGGGCUGGAUUCCUCCGUGGAAUGCGCCCAAGAAUCAUUGCUACAAUGCCGAGCACCGCUAUUUGCUGGACUUCUUAUGAGAUGGCUAAAGCAUAUUUCAAGCGGAUAACGAGUGAAGAAUCUCAUUGA